AAGAUGAUUCAUUCAGUGCUCACAAAACAGCGCUGAAAUCCCCCCAAGGGAGCGCGGAAAGGGGGGUUGGGUGACUGGGGGAAGGAGAGAGAGGAAUGGGAGAGAAUGUCAGUCAUUGAGCAAACCUGGCGCUGAGCGGCAGCACUGCACCUAAAACACUGUUUGUGAAUGUGAACCAUCCACCUCAGAUUCAUUCUGCCUUUCGCACUUAUUUUGCGACUCCACGCAGAUUCCUUCUCAUCGACACAUGCAACUGAUACCAUUGUGAACCUUCGAGUUGGGACAGCAGCUACCUUCUCAGAAUCGAACAGCCUGGUACGACUUCUUUCUACUCCAUGCUUCUCCGUUAUCUCCAGUGCGUUCGCUCGUCUGCCCUGAAAAGUUUCGGUCGUGAGGAUAAAAGGACAUCUUGAAUCUUCAAAGGGAUUGUUUUAAACAACGAAGAGGAACUUCAGGAUGACUUCUCAGUGAGACCCACGACCCGAGUUUCUCUGCGCAGACCCGUCCCCCUCUCGACCCAGCACCAGACUCUCUGCUGCGCCGCCAUUCACCCGACCCGCCACCACAAACCUCAAGCUGUCUACCUUCCUCCCCUCCUGCUUCGUGCGCACACCCCCUCCCCCGCGCCCUCUCCCAGACUCCAUCAUGGACCUCCACCGAGCGGCCUUCAAGAUGGAGACCUCCUCCUACAUGCCCAACCCGCUCGCGUCGCCGGCGCUCAUGGUGCUGGCGUCCACCGCCGAGGCCAGCCGCGACGCCUCCAUACCGUGCCAGCAGCGUCCGUUCGGCGUGUCCGUGGACAAGGACGUGCACAUGCCCUUUAACAAUGGCUCGUACACCUUCGCGUCCAUGUACCACAGGCAGGGCGGCGUGCCGCCGGGCUUCCCCAACCGGGACUUCCCGCCUUCGCUGUUGCACCUGCACCACCAGUUCGCCCCCCCCAACCUGGACUGCUCGCCCAUAAGCAUGCUCAACCACAGCGGUGUGGGUGCCUUCCGGCCCUUCGCCUCGCCGUCGGACGAUCGCGAGGCCGUCGCCGCGGCCGCAGGGGGCUACCAGUCGGCCUUCACCCCGGCCAAGCGCUUGAAAGGCUGCCUGGAGGCGGACGCCUCGCCCCACCUGCGCUACUCCGACGCGGAGGGGAAAGAGUACGACUUUGGCGGGGCGCACAUCCCCUCGGGCUCCCCCAGCGGGCUCAAGGCCGUGGAGGACGCCGGCAAAAAGAUUUUCGCCGUGUCAGGCCUUCUGUCCGAUCGCGAGACCUCGUCCAGCCCUGAAGACCGCAUAGACCGCUGUGAGUACCCAUUUUUAUGUCUGUACACACAUGCCACAUAUGACAAGUGUCUUGCACAUAUAUGCAAACAAUUCACAUGUUUAAGAACAAUGGACCGGCCAUUUAGUAGAUCUGGUCUUGGUCUGGCCCUGACUUGCUACAGGUAAACGGCUACCAGAGUUGAAGCUCAAAGAGAAAUAAACUUGAUCCACAUGUCCAAAAAUAGUAUUUUUUUUUCUUUUUUUAAAGAUUAAGUUAAUAAACAAACAAAGAAAAUAAUGACACAUGUACCACAUACAAACAAAUUGUAUCCAUAAGACAAAUUCAUUUUAAAGCCUCUCAAUAGAUGAAAUUGCCUCCUUCGAAGAAAAGAAGCACAUCUCUUUUGUAUUAUCAUGCUGUUGGCUCCCUAUAUCAGUGAGAGCAUUCCUCACUCCUUUCCAUAUCUUUGAUUCAUGGCUGCGGUAUUGAAUCAGUGGUGUGUGUCACAAGUUAAACUGUGGGGA